CAUGCUCUGUGUAGUGACAGGAUUUGUGUCGGUGCAGAUCGGCUGUGUUUGCGGCUGACUUGAGGAGUUCCCGGCUGAAGCUCCUGCACACACACACGCACACACAGAUAUUUUCUGAUCCUCGGAGGUUCCCCGCAAUCUGCCAGAUUUUUAAACCAGCCUGCGGUUCUCCGGAUGAGACGGGACCACCUUUUGGGCUCCUGCGUCCUCCUGUGAGAGACGUCGGGAGCCUCGGCAUCAGCCCCACCGUCCUCUUAUGUAUCCACACGAACCCCGAAUGAGCGCAGUUUCUCCUCAUAAAUGACCGAGCUCCGACCUUCCACCUGCUGCGGAGAAAUCUCCGACAUUUAACCAGAAACCGCAAGACACGGAGACUACCUGUUAGCUUCUCCCACCCCCUCCACCUUCUCCUGCUCCUCCCGGCUCCGCUCUGCGCUUUUCCGUGCCCUCGGUGAGAGAGCAGAGGCUGGGAUUUAGGCUGCACACCUACUGACCUACUUCGCGCAAGUUGGGAGUCCGACCAGUGCGGUCUGGCAAAACUGUGCCCACCACCAGCAGCAGCAGAAGAUGACGGGUGAUGUAGAAACAGUGGUGACCCCGUGGCGAGACCUUCAGUAAAAAAGCAGCAGGGGGAGGUGGGGUAAAGGAGGUGAGAAGGUGAGGAAGAGAAGAAGGCGUGCAGAAGGAGCCAGAGGUGGUGGUGGUGUGUGCGUAUUUGUGCGUGGAGACACAGGAGGAGGUUAUGACCGUGUCUCUUCACCUGGAUCUCGGGCUGAUGCUGCUGCUCCUGCUGGCCUGCUGGCAGACCCCGGGGAUGGUCGGAGGAACUGUGCCAGCAGCCCCAGUGAAUGUAUCGGUGACCCAGCUGAGGGCACACUCGGCCAUGGUGACCUGGAACGUCCCUCAGGGAGACACCGUCAUUGGAUACGCCAUCUCACAGCAGAGGCAGGACGGCCUGAUGCAGCGCUCCAUACGAGAAGUGAACACGUCCAGCCGCUGGUGUGUGCUGUGGGACCUGGACGAAGACACACACUACAGUGUCCAGGUGCAGUCCGUUGGGCUGCACGGUGACAGCCCACCCAGCCGUGCCGUCCACUUCAGGACUCUGGAGAGGACCGACCACUAUCCAGCCGGAGUCCUGGACCACCAUGAGCCAGCGAUGGAGGGCCUGGGUAUGACUCCACAACUGGAGACUGGAGAGCUGCUGAUCAUAACCACUGUGCUGCUGCUGUGGGCAGCCGUCAUCGCCCUUUUCUGCCGGCAGUACGACAUCAUCAAAGACAACGACUCCAAUGGCACCAAGGAGAAAGCCAAGCGGCCGCUGGUCCGAGCCACUUCCUCCUACUACAAUGCCUCAGCUGGCAGCUCGCCCAUCUACCACAACGGAGCCGUCCGCAGCAGCAGGCUGCACAGGGCCUCCUCCUCCAUCAGCAUCAUCAGGGUCUGAGAUGCGGGUGCCGGAUCGGAGCCUCUUGGACAAGCGAGGAGGAUUUACAAACUCAGUCUAAUCUAUUGUAAAAUAUGGGCAGCGUAAGGAACCACUCCAUGCAAAUCAGACUGAAAUGAGAGCGAGGAGCCGUGCUGUGGAGACCGUGGAUGGCUGCUGCUCUCUAGUGGCCAGAGACUCGGGGGGCUCAGAAACAGCUGGAAGGAAGCUGGACUAGUCUGAAGUGCAGCCAAACUAAUCUCCCAUUUUCUCUCUGAUGUCAAAGACUGAAGUGUGAAUAUUCGCCAGCAUGUCGGCCCGGCCCUGCGCCAAGUCCCACUCGCCUCAGACUCAUUCGUUUUCAGCAGACGUUCUCUCAUCUCGCUGAGGUGUUCAGCCAUCCCUUUUCCUUUUUACCCGCUGUAGAACCACACAUUUGAAAUCCUGUCUGAUAUUUAUUAGGAUUUAUUCACGUUACUUUCAUGUUCCGUAGUUAAACAUGCACAGCAUUAGCAUCACGAUUCAAAUCUGUACAUAGGAUGAAGGUGUUUGUAAAGCUAAUUCACAGAAGCAUUUGAAUGUAGGAGAUGGUGGUGGGGAAUUUACAUUGUAAAAAGAUUCAUAAUUAGUUUAAUUAAAUCAUGUCUUAAUUUUACAUUGAAA